AUGAACUCAACAGAAAUUUUAAUAAAAAUAUACAAACAUGAGUGUUACAUAAACUUCUCAUCGUUGAUAAUUCUGCUGUUGAUAUUUGCUGCUUAUCUUUGGUUUGUGUUAAUUGCUGGGCCAAAAUAUAUGAAGAAACGAGAGGCUUGCAAUGUUACAAAUUUAAUUCGAACUUACAACAUUUAUCAAGUGUUUUGUUGCAUAUUUUAUGUAGUUGGAUCAUACAGUUUAGGAUUUACACUCAAUCAUCUUUUCAAAUGUCAACGAUUCGCUUUUCUCGAUGAUGAUGCGAGGCUUUCCAUUUAUGUUGGAUCCUGGCUCUUCCUAAGUCUUCGAGUGCAUGAAUUCAUUGAGACAAUCUUCUUCAUUCUACGCAAAAAAUUCAAUCAAGCGUCGUUUCUUCAUAUUUUCCACCACAUUGGAUCAGUUGCAACGACUUGGCUGUUUAUUGUUUCAAACGCAGAAUUAAUGGCAGUUUACAUUGCACAAUUAAACUCAGCAGUCCACAUCAUCAUGUACACUUAUUACUUCAUAAGUUCUUUUAAAGAUAAAAGGAUUCAAAAUGUUAUAAGUCGGGUUAAACCUUUGAUUACGAUUAUUCAGUUACUCCAAUUUGUGAUAAUUAUAGCACAUUGUACAAUUGCUAUUCUUCCUGAUUGUGGUGCCAGUUAUUUCUUCCAUUUACAAAUUUUGAAUUUUGUCAUACUUUUUAUUUUGUUUGGAAAAUUUUUCGUCGACACGUAUUCGAGAAGUGAACUACAACUUAUUAACAUAAAAACAUAA